AUGAUUUUAAUCUUUUUCUUUUAAUAAAUAUGAUCGCUUUUGAAAAAAAAAUAAAAAAUAAAAAUCACAUGCCUCUCCCGGCUAUCGUUUUUCGAAAAAGAAAAGAAAAAACGGGAGCCGGCUUUUUUUUUUUGUCUAAAAUCCACUGCUGCUUCUCUACCCGUCUAAUUCCGAACCUAGCCCUAAUUCUAAAUUUUAGGGAUUCACCAUCUUGAAUUCCUAUUCUGUUUGAUGCUCUGCUUUGACCUCUGAAGGCUCCGCACCCAUUCGAUAACUGGAUUGAAAGCGAUGGAGCUCCAGCUUGCUAAUGAAAAUCAAUUGGAGCUUGUGGUUUCCAAUUCUUCCUCGCCGAUUCAGGAUUUGUUAAUUUCUCAGAAGGAGCUGUUUCGUAGCCAGAUCGAGGAGCUCGAGAAUAUCGUUCUCACCCAAUGCAACCUCACCGGCGUCAAUCCCCUUUCUCAAGAGAUGGCUGCUGGAGCUUUAUCCAUUCAAAUUGGGAAAAGGCCAAGAGAUUUAUUGAAUCCCAAGGCCAUAAAAUACAUGCAAGCUGUUUUCUCCAUCAAAGAUGCAAUCACCAAGAAGGAAACUCGAGAAAUCAGUGCCCUCUUUGGUGUUACAGCGUCACAGGUUCGGGAAUUUUUUAAUAGUCAACGAGCAAGAGUGAGAAAAUUUGUCAGAAUAUCUCAAGAGAACAUUACUAGAUCUAAAGAUGUCAAUGCUGGGGUUCCGAUAAGCACCGAUUCUAGUGAUUCUAUGAAUCCAGUUCCCCUUGAUACUGUAGCUCCGACCAGCAUGGAGUCAGGAUCCUGUUUAAACCAAGAUGCGGUCCAUCCUACGGAUGACCAGUCUGAUAAAUAUUUUGUUGAAAAUAUAUUUAGCUUGAUGAGGAAAGAAGAUUCGUUCUCCGGUCAAGUGAAGUUGAUGGAGUGGAUUAUGCGAAUCCAAAAUGCUUCAGUACUAUAUUGGUUCUUAACAAAUGGUGGUGUAAUGAUUUUAGCAUCUUGGUUGACUCAAGCUUUAUUGGAGGAACAAACUAGUGUUCUCCGUCUUAUACUCAAUGUUUUCUGCCAUCUGCCGCUGCAGAAAGCUCAACCUGUGCAUAUGUCAGCCAUACUGCAAAGUGUAAAUAGUCUGCGAUUUUACAGGGUAUCAGACGUUUCGAACAGGGCAAGGAUUCUUUUGACAAAAUGGAGCAAAGCAUUUGCCAGGAGCCAAGCUUUCAGGAAAACUAAUGGAGCUAAAUCUGCAGUUGAUUCACCCGAUGAGUUGCUAUUGAAGCAAAGCAUCAUCGAAGUUAUGGACAACGAGUCAUGGCAUGCAAAUGUUGAUAACCUUGAAGAUAUUUCUACUCCUAUGGAUGAGAGUUCUGGAAAUUUCAGGAAGUUGGAGUCGCAACCUGUUAAGUUGCUUACAGGAUCUGCAGAUGACUCAAACAAGAAGCUUAUUCGUGGUUCUCAAAAUAGAGAGCGUAGAAAGGUGCUUCUGGUGGAGCAACCUGGGCAGAAGUCUACCGGAAGGACCUCUCAGACUCCGAGAUCCACUACUGCAACUAAAGGCCGCCCACUAUCUGCUGAUGAUAUACAGAAAGCAAAGAUGCGUGCACAAUUUAUUCAGAAUAAACAUGGUAAAGCUAGUAAUACUUCAGAUGUAAGCCCUCAGGUUCAGACUGAAGGUGGAAAUAAGACCGCCACUUUUUACACCAGCAAAUCGGUGUCAACUCUGAAAACACAUGGAGGAGAUGAGACUGAGGCGCCUAAGAAGUCUGAUGAUCUUCCUAAAACACAAAAACAAGAGGAAACUGAGGAGCCUACGAAGUGUGACGAUCUUCCUAAAACACACGGUCUAGAUGAAACUGAGGAGCCUAGGAAGUGUGAUGAUCUUUCACUAUUAGAUGUAACCAAUCUGCAAAAAUCUUCAAUAGAAAACAGGAUCACAUCCCAUCCAGAUGAACCUCCUCCGAAGAAGUGCAAGAGAGUUCAAAUCCAAUGGCAGACACCUGCAGAAAUUCGGCUGGAUGAUUCCUGGAGUGUUGGUGCAGGAGAGCAUAGCAAAGAAGUAGAAGUUCAAAAAAAUAGAAUUCACCGUGAACGAGAAACUAUUUACAAGACAUUGCUGGAAAUUCCGUCGAAUCCUAAGGAACCUUGGGACCGCGAAAUAGACUAUGACGACAGUUUAACUCCUGAAAUUCCAAUUGCUCAACCCCCUGAUGGCGAAAUUUCCCCGCGUGAGAGUGAUGGAACUGUUGGUACAUCUGCAGGGUCAUUGCCUAAAAUUGCUGACGGGAUGCCUGAACCAGACUUUGAAUUGCUUGCUGCAUUGUUAAAAAACCCACAAUUAGUUUUUGCCUUGACAUCUGGCCAAGCUGGUAAUCUUUCAAAUGAAGAAACUGUAAAGUUGCUUGACAUGAUAAAGGCAAAUGAGACGAAAGGAUUAACUAGUGUAAGUGCUUCAUCAUCUGGGAAAGGGAAACUCGAGGAGAAGGUUGAAGUUUCUCUACCAUCCCCCACUCCUUCCAACGAUCCUGUAACGGGUUCAUGGAAGCCAGAUUACAUCAAGAAUCCUUUUUCUCAACAGAAAACAUUGGUUGGCCAUGACAUUAACAGUACCCAAAGAACCUUACCGGCUGUUUAUUCGCAAGAAAUUUCUUUGCACGGCAACAUGGUACAAUCUUAUGCCUCGCCACAGAUGGAGCAACAGCUUCGAGCUGGCAACUUUGUACAGCAGCCUCAGAUACUACCGGCGACUGUGGUAGGACCGCAGCCAACCUCAACACUUGAACAAUUGGCCCAACAACUACUGCCGCAACUGUAUGGAUUGCAGGAUCAACGACCGUCUUCUUCUUUGCCCCAGAAUGUGGCUGCAUACACACAACUUAGUCAGCCAUCAGAAGUUUUACUGAACUCGAACCGUACCUCAGUAUCUAGAAUUCCCCAAAUGGCUAAUCCACUUAAUGCAGUAAACCCUGCAAUGCAUGACAUUUCGUACCCAACAACCACCACCCAUCGGGCACAAGCGCAGGUUCAGCAGCAGCCGUCGUAUAUUCCAGAGCCACAGGGUCAUUCUUGGUGGCCGAGGCAAGGUGUGGAUCAUCCAAAUGCUCGUUAUCAGAAUGAGAUAAAUCCAGUUGACUACAAAACAUUUGCAGGCCCCCAAGUGAUUGGAGAGCCUGGUUUUGAAACAUGGAGCCAGCAUAAGAGUCCCAUGAGAUCACAUAGGUACACGCCUGGAUUGAAUUACCAAGAACACGAUAUGAAUCAAGUCCACAGUUACAGACCUGAAAGACAAACAAAUCGGCAUUCUGUGUAUCCUUCCAGUUCUGGGUACCAGGAACCUGGGAUGAAUGAUGCCAACCGAUGGCGUGAUCGGAGAAGAUAGGUAGGGCUUUUUCUGAGCACGUCUGAGAUUUGGUGAUUGAUAUAGUUACUUCUUCAGACAUCGGACCAAAUUCGUUGGUUAUUGUUUCCCUUUUCAUCUUCUUCUCCUUGUUUGGACUUUAGAGGAUGAAGCAAAACGGAACCCAUGUGCACAGUGUAUCAUCAAUCAAUCAGGAAGUUGUAUUGCUCUGUUGCAAAAAAAAGUAGGAAAGAGAUGUUAGCUUCUUACAACUCUUAUAGUUUUGAGGAACUGUACAUUUACUGUUGGAGGAAUUGUAUAUUCUUACAAUUUUGAGUACGAAAUUGAGUUUUCUCAUGCAGUAUUCUCUUUCUUCUGAAGUACACCAAAACUAUUGGAUAACAAAUUAAAUACUCUCUC